UGAUAAUUUUUGUUUACUUAAAAUUUUUCGAUACUCUGGGUGGGAGAUGGUUGUGUGCAGGUUUGUUGAUAAUUUUCCAAACCCCACUAAGGUGAAUAUUUGAACCAUAUAGCCAUCUAGUUGGCUGAUUUGUAAGGUUAGGUAAGUAAUUGUGUUAUAUUGGUACUAUAUUUCUAGGUGAGUUAAUGAUAUAUAAUUUUAAGUGAGUUUUUAGUAUGGUUUCUUCGAGAUUAAUCGCGUCAAUAGGCGAACUAGUCGAUGCCGAGAUUGAAGAUCAGAUAAGUAAACUAAGGGAAGAGAACAAGCAAUUGAAAGUAGAAUUGAAUAGUAUGAAGUUUGAAUUGAAUAGUGUGGUGAAAUUGUAUUCGAAGUUAAAGUAUGAGAAUGAGGUGUUGAAGAAGAAGGUUACUACUGAUGGGUCUACACCCAUUCAUGCCUUACAAACAUCCAAUGAAGAUGGUGAGGGUGAAUUUAGAUUACUACCUACCCAAUACUCCGAAGAUGAUGAUUCAGAAUUGAAAUCUUCUCCAGUAAAGAUCUCACCUCACAAGCAAGAUCAAGGAGACAUAUUCAUUUCACCCAAAAAGCCAACAUUGAAUGUGAAACCAGAUGUGCACAUGAUGUCAACACAGUAUACUGAAAGUUCAUCACCAGAUAAAGGUGGUGAUGAAGAUAAAUGGCAAGAUGGAGAUGAAGUAGUGGCUGAUUCACAACAGGAAGGUGAAGAACUUCUUACUUUAAAGCCAUUGAGUCAGGAAGACAGUCCCCAAAAAUACAAACAAGACGAUGCAUUGAUUAAAUACCUUGAAGAUGCUAAACCACGAACUAAAUUAAAGAGAAUCCAAGUUAUCACUAGUUACUACGAGGUAAUGUUUAGAGCCAAUAGUGUGAAUAAAAUACAAAUCAGAAUCCUGAUGAAGUUCAAUCCUAUUCUUGAACAAGAAUGGAAAUUAGCUGAUUUCAAGCCAAACCCCAUAUGGACAAGAAAGAGAAUGGUUACAUAUAUUAAGACUCCUCAAGGUAAAACUUUUGAAAGAAGAAUUGGAUUAAGUAAAAGUGAAGAAGAUAAUAUUCGGAAAUUCUAUCAGAUUGUUAAUACUACAGGAACUGGUAAAGAUGGAGUUAUCAUAGAACAACGAGAAGAAGAUGAACCACAGGCAGAUUAUGUGUCAGAAGAAGAUUUAGAGUAUGAAGAUCAAAUUAGUCAAAUUUAUGAUAAAUUGCCAUCACCGCCAGGAUUUAUGCAAAGUGAAUUUCCUGAUACGGCUGAACAAGUCCGAAGACGAGACAUUAUAAAUAAUCGACAAUACCGUCGAAUUCAAAGACGAAUUAAAGCAUGUCUCCAAAUCAAUAAGUAUGGCGAUCAGGUGGGAGAGUUUGUGUUCAGUCUUGAUAUUUUGAAUGAGUAUGUUCGAGCUAAACGGUUUAUAAAAAUAGAUUAGGUUAUAGAUGCAAUAUAUAAAAUGAUUAUGUAAUUAAUUGAGAUUGCCUCAUUUGACGGUGGUGGCCAAUCGGUUGCUGAAAAAGAUACUCCGAUAAGAACGAACUGCGGAGCGG